UAUGAGCACUCUUUCACUUUGAUAGGUUAUGUGUCAAUUUCAAAAACCCUCUAAACAAUUAAAAGCAGGUAUUUAUCUAAAAUAAGUCAAAUCUUUCUCCACAAAAUUGACAAGUGUAUCAUUCAUUUUCAUUGCCUGGCACAACAUUCAUACAUUUCAGCAUUGUUCGGCAUAAUAUGUGUAAUUGGAUGAUAUGAACAGGCGCCCAUCACUUCUGGAUAACGAACAAUGUCGUUCCUGCUCCAGCUUUUCCGAUUACAUAAAAGCCACCAAGAAAAAGAAACUAGACGAAAAUGGGAAUAAUGUUUCUGGAGCGGGCGCUCCCGACAAUUCCACGCAGGAAAACGCCGAAAAACUUCCGGAUAUCUCGAAACCCAGGAGAACUGAUUGCCCGUUAGAUAAAGACGAGUUAGGCAACAAAUCAUGGGGGCUGCUGCAUAGCAUGGCUGCCAAGUACCCGGAAAAACCCUCACAAGUCCAGAAAUGCGACAUGAAAACGUUUUUUAAUGUUUUUGCCAAAUUCUACCCAUGUCAGCACUGUGCUGAGGACUUGAGAGAAGAAAUAAAAAUCGACCCUCCAAAAGUCGAGUCGCAAGAGCAGCUCAGUCAAUGGCUCUGUCGACUCCACAAUAAAGUCAACGUUAAAGUAGGAAAAGAAGUGUUUGACUGCUCCAAAGUCAAUGAAAGAUGGAGGGAUGGUUGGUUGGAUGGGUCUUGUGAUUAGGCCUGAAGACACUUCGUAGAAUGCAAUUAGGAUAAUCGUAUUCUGUUUUAUUUGAAUAAAACUAUUCUACGUUAA